AUGGAAGCCUCUCUAUACUACUCGUCCAAAGGGCCAGAAAAUGCUACCGCCUUCGUCAAUGGACGAGUAUACACCAUGGACGAUGCGCAACCAUGGGUUGAAGCCUUCAUCGUCAAUCCCGACGGCAAGUUUGAAGCUGUCGGCUCGAACGAGGAGAUCAAAAUCAUUGCUAAAAAAAGAGGACUCGUUCAGUACCAGCUACAAGAGAAAUUCGUCAUGCCCGGUAUCCACGACGCGCAUACUCACCUCUUAGCGGCUGGAUGCCAGCGCACUGGGGAAGCGCACGUCGGCUGGGAUAGCACCGACAAGACCCUCGCCAGCAACAUAAAGUCAGCUUCCUGUGCCUGCGCUUUUUCAAAUGUCAUGGGCAACUGGAUCAUCGGCAACUUUUACCAGGCAAGCAACUUUGCCGAUGGCAUUCCCGACAGAAAAUACCUCGACGAGCUGUACCCCAACGACCCCGUAAUCGUGCGCGAGAUAUCCUGCCAUCGAAUCCUCAUGAAUUCUGCUGGGUUGCGUGAGAUGGGAAUCGACGACGACGUCAAGGACCCGCCUGGGGGUUUCUUCUUUCGUCGACCUGAUGGCACACUCACCGGAGAGAUUGUCGAGGCUGCAACAACGCCAAUCUGGCGUGGUCUACCGCGCACUCCACUCAGUUAUGCCAAGACUGUUAUUGAGUUUGCCAUGUCUGAAUGUCAUAGGUAUGGCAUUACAUCCGUGCAAGAGGCAUCGGCCAACACCGUCUACCUACACGCCGUGCGUGAGCUGGAAGCGGAGAAUCGCCUGCCCUUAAACAUACACACACACAUUGUUGCCGCACCGGAGAAAGCUCACGAGCGUGAGGAAUCACUAGCAGCUCUGCUCAAUGUUGCAGAAGCUUUUGAGAGCAAACAUGUUCACACGAGCUUUGUCAAGUUCUUCCUCGACGGCGCUCCGCUUCCUCCACAGUCCACCCAAUGCGAUUUGAACGACCAUGGAGCGCCCGAUGCUAAGCAUUUGCUGUUGAGCUACGACAAGCUACUCGAACAAGUUCUCAAAUACGAUGCUCGGAACAUGACAUGCAAGAUCCACGCCGCAGGCGAGGGAAGCUUGCGGCUUGCGCUGGACGCCUACGAGGCUGUGCGAAAGAACAACCCCAACGGUCCCAAGCACGAGGUUGCGCAUUGUAAUGCAGUCCAUCCAGGUAUGUGA